CUAGGCUUAUGUUCUUCUCCAGCAACACUUCCAGCUCAGACCCGCUUAAAUCGGAUCCAAUUAUCCUUUGAUUCUUCGCCUUUAUUUGGAUUUUGGCAUUUCAUCAUCCUCAGUGAAACCAAGUAAUAAAACAAAACAAAACCCUCCAAAAAGAAAAAACCAAAUAAACCACCAAUUCACCUAUCACCUAUCACCUAUCACCUAUCACCAAUCACCAAAACCCAAAAACCAGCCCCCCAACAGAAAAUUUGCCUAAAACCGUAACGAAAAUUCAAAGACAAAACUCUCAAGGAAACUCAACGGAAACAAUACCCUUUCGAACCAAACAUCAUAAAACAAAUUCUCGCCUGCCUGCCUGUAGCCUGUAUGUUCAUUGCAUGUAUUGUCCAGUUUCGUAUCUGAAGAAAAGGGAAAGAAACUGUGCCUUUCGCUCUCUUCCGUCGUCUUGUUAAUGGGGAACGUAACGUCAAGCGUGGCCGCAAAGUUUGCGUUUUUCCCACCAGAUCCACCAACGUACGAAGUUUGCAAGGAUUCAGAUGGAAGGCUGGUUUUGCCGGGGAUCAGAGCUGAUUUGAACAUGGAUGUUCAUUUGCUCGAUACCAAAGGCGGCAAUAAAAUCGUAGCCAACUAUUGGAAACACCCUAUUGCCAAGUUAACCCUCUUGUAUUCCCAUGGCAAUGCCGCUGACUUAGGCCAAAUGCAUGAACUCUUCAUUGAGCUCAGAGCCCACCUCCGCGUCAAUAUUAUGAGUUAUGAUUAUUCAGGAUAUGGAGGAUCAUCCGGUAAGCCAACAGAGCUGAACACAUACUAUGACAUAGAGGCAGUGUACAAUUGUUUGAAGAAGGAAUAUGGGGUUAAGCAGGAAGAUUUGAUAAUAUAUGGCCAAUCCGUUGGAAGUGGACCCACCCUACAUUUGGCUUCUCGUUUACAGAGACCAAGGGGAGUUGUUCUUCACAGUGCCAUACUUUCGGGCAUUAGGGUCCUUUAUCCUGUCAAGAUGACAUUUUGGUUUGAUAUCUUCAAAAACAUAGACAAAAUACGACGAGUCAACUGUCAGGUUCUAGUUAUACAUGGCACGGACGAUGAGGUUGUCGAUUGGUACCAUGGGAAACGAUUGUGGGAGCUUUCGAAGGAAAAGUACGAGCCUUUAUGGGUGAAAGGUGGCGGCCAUUGCAACCUGGAAACUAAUCCCGAGUACAUUAAACAUCUACGUAAGUUCAUAAACACCAUGGAGAAGAUUUCCAUUACGAAACCAGAGAAAGAGCUCGAUUCUAAACCUAGUAUUACAGAAGAAGAAACUAAACACAAUAAAUGCUUGAGACUUAAGAAGAAGGUAGCUGGUUCCAAAAAGGAGUGAGGCCUUGGAACAGGUAGAUAAUAUUAUUAUUCAUUUGUCUCCUAGAGUUCAUUCACCGAGGGACUGGCAGCCAUGGUUCCUUGAGCUUUGAUGUUGAUCGAUUUCUAUGAGACAUUGUGAGCUGAUAGGAGCCAUAGAUAUAUGUGGUCUCUUUGAUUUUGAACCAUUUAUGGUCUGAUAGAAAAAUAUCACUGAGAACGUAUGGUUCUUGAUCUAGGGUUUCGUGUAUAAUUUUACAAAGUGAAAUAUAAAUGCUCCUCGAAA